AUGGAGUCAGUGAAGACGAGAGCUACGGCGGGGGUGAAGGAAUUUGCGGGGAAGACCCUGGGUCAUAUGUACAGGGUGACAGAGAGGAGACAGAAAACCGGGGAGGUGAUCGAGCUGACGGAGGACGGGCGGCCCCGGGAGGCCGCGGAGAAGAAACCCCCGCUGUGCGACUGCAAGUGCUUCGGUCUGCCCCGGCGCUACAUCAUCGCCAUCAUGAGCGGCCUGGGCUUCUGCAUCUCCUUCGGCAUCCGGUGUAACCUGGGCGUGGCCAUAGUGGGCAUGGUCAACAACAGCACCGUCCACCAGAACGGCAAGAUCAUCGUCAAAGAGAAAGCCAAGUUCAACUGGGAUCCGGAGACGGUGGGAAUGAUUCACGGAUCUUUUUUCUGGGGCUACAUCGUGACACAAAUCCCGGGAGGAUACAUAUCCUCCAGGCUGGCAGCAAACAGGGUAUUUGGUGCAGCCAUUGUCCUAACGUCGACUCUCAACAUGUUCAUUCCCUCGGCUGCCCGAGUCCAUUAUGGCUGUGUCAUUUUUGUCAGGAUAUUACAAGGGCUGGUGGAGGGAGUCACCUACCCGGCAUGUCAUGGCAUCUGGAGUAAAUGGGCUCCUCCGCUGGAGAGGAGUCGUCUGGCCACCAUAUCAUUCUGUGGCUCUUAUGCUGGUGCUGUAAUAGCGAUGCCUCUGGCUGGGAUCCUGGUUCAGUAUUCGGGCUGGUCCUCAGUGUUCUAUGUCUACGGAUGCUUCGGCAUCUUCUGGUAUAUGUUCUGGAUCCUUGUGUCUUAUGAGAGCCCUGCUGAACAUCCGUCCAUCACUGACGAGGAGCGCUGCUACAUUGAGGAGAGCAUUGGAGAGAGUGCCAAGCUAAUGGGCCCUGCCGAGAAAUUCAAGACCCCAUGGAAGAAGUUCUUCACCUCUAUGCCUGUCUAUGCAAUCAUCGUGGCCAACUUCUGCAGGAGCUGGACCUUUUACCUGCUGCUGAUCAGCCAACCUGCAUAUUUUGAGGAAGUGUUUGGCUUUGAGAUAAGCAAGGUCGGCAUACUGUCUGCCCUCCCCCAUUUGGUGAUGACCAUCAUUGUGCCCAUUGGCGGCCAGCUGGCCGACUAUCUGCGCAGCAAGAACAUCCUGACAACUACCACUGUCAGGAAAAUCAUGAACUGUGGAGGAUUUGGCAUGGAGGCCACAUUGCUGCUGGUGGUAGGAUAUUCCCACAGCAAAGGGGUGGCCAUCUCCUUCCUGGUGCUGGCAGUCGGCUUCAGUGGAUUUGCUAUAUCAGGUUUUAACGUCAAUCACCUGGAUAUUGCUCCACGUUACGCCAGUAUCCUAAUGGGCAUCUCUAAUGGUGUGGGUACCCUGUCUGGGAUGGUGUGCCCACUGAUUGUUGGUGCUAUGACAAAGAACAAGACUCGAGAAGAGUGGCAAUAUGUGUUCCUGAUUGCCUCCAUGGUGCAUUAUGGGGGCGUAGUCUUCUAUGGGCUUUUUGCCUCGGGAGAAAAACAGCCGUGGGCCGACCCAGAGCUGACCAGUGAGGAGAAGUGUGGCUUCAUCGACGAGGACGAGCUGGCAGAAGAGACAGGCGACAUUUCUCAGAGUUACGGUGCUUUUGGAGGUCCAGCUAAGACGUACGGUGCGACCACACAGGUGAAUGGAGGCUGGGCUGCCGGCUGGGAGAAGACGGAGGAGUACGUCCAAGAAGAAGCACAGGAAGGAGGCUCUGGAUACAGGCAGGAUGAAGGAUACUCCUAG